AUGUCGACCAUGGCCGCUCACGGGGUUUUCUACUCCCUCAACCUCCCGGCCCCUCGUAAUGCCCGUCGAAAUUCCCCCUUCCCCUCCUCCGCUUCGCCUUCUCCCCACUCCGCCGCCGCUAACCAUCGUUUUACGGUCCCCCCCAGCAUCAAAUCCACUCACCCUACCCACUCCUCCCCUCCUACUUCGAGAAACCCUAAACCCUCCAUAUUCGGCCCCGGCGCCAAUGCCAACCCCAAUCCCAACUCUUCUACCAACCUGGGAAAGAUUUUUAAAACUUCCUUGGUCGUCGGCGCCACCGCCGCCCUCCUGCUUGGUGGAGGCGGGAUUUCCAACUCCGGUGGUGGAGGCGCAGGAGGUGGAGGUGGUGGUGGUGGUGGAGCGGGUGGUGGACAUGGUGGGAAUUUCUGGUCGCGCUUUUUCUCACGGUUUUCUCCAUCGCCGGCCACUGCUAAAGACGACGAGAGCCCAACGAAGGAUUGGGAUUCGCAUGGAUUGCCGGUCAACAUUAUCGCUCAGUUGAAUAAGCUUAGUGGGUUUAAGAAGUACAAAGUCUCUGAUAUACUCUUUUUUGAUCGGCGCCGGAAUUCAACAACCGAAGGGACAGAGGAUUCCUUCUUUGAGAUGGUCACCAUACGACCAGGUGGGGUGUACACUAAAGCUCAGCUCCAAAAAGAGCUUGAAACUUUGGCUGGCUGCGGUAUGUUUGAAAAGGUUGAUUUGGAUGCCAAGACAAAGGCCGACGGAACAAUUGCGGUGCAAAUCGCAUUUCUGGAGAGUACUUGGCCCGCUGCUGAUAAAUUUAGGUGUAUAAAUGUGGGAUUAAUGCCCCAAUCCAAGCCCAUUGAAAUGGACCCUGACAUGACUGAGAAAGAGAAGAUUGAUUUUUAUAGGAGUCAGGAGAAAGAUUACAGGAGGAGGAUGGAGAGGUCCAGACCUUGUUUACUUCCAGUAGCUGCACAGAGAGAGAUUAUUAGCAUGUUGAGGGACAGAGGUGCUGUGAGUGCAAGGCUUCUGCAGAAGAUAAGGGAUAGUGUCCAGCAGUGGUACCAUGACAAUGGAUAUGCCUGUGCUCAAGUGGUCAAUUUUGGAAAUUUGAAUACCAAAGAAGUAGUUUGUGAAGUUGUGGAAGGGGAUAUCACUCAAUUGGUGAUACAGUUUCAGGACAAGUUGGGCAAUGUUUGUGAAGGGAAUACACAGCUGGCUGUUAUAAGGAGGGAAUUGCCUCGCAAGCUCCGCAAAGGAGAGGUAUUCAAUAUUGAAGCUGGAAAACAGGCACUGAGAAAUAUCAAUUCCUUGGGCCUGUUCUCCAAUAUUGAGGUUAACCCACGCCCUGAUGAGAAGAAUGAGGGCGGUAUCAUUGUUGAAAUUAAGCUGAAGGAGUUAGAGCAGGUUUCCACUGAAGUUAGUACAGAAUGGAGUAUAGUUCCUGGACGUGGAGGUCGUCCGACAUUGGCUUCAAUCCAGCCUGGUGGAACUAUUUCUUUUGAACACAGAAAUAUCAAAGGGCUGAAUAGAUCACUAGUUGGUACUGUUCAGACUGGCAAUCUACUGAAUCCGCAGGAUGAUCUAGCUUUUAAAAUGGAGUAUGCACAUCCAUACUGGGAUGGCCUGUAUGAUCCACGGAACCGUACUUUACGUGCCAACUGCUUUAACGGCAGAAAAUUGAGUCCAGUCUUCACAGGCGGGCCCGGAGCUGAUGAAGUCCCCCCUAUAUGGGUUGAUCGAGCUGGAUUAAAGGCGAACAUUACAGAGAACUUCAGUCGCCAGAGCAAGUUUACUUAUGGUCUUGUUUUGGAAGAGAUAACCACUCGUGACGAAGCCAGUCAUAUUGCCGCAAAUGGACAGAGAGUCUUACCAAAUGGAGGAAUCAGUCAAGAUGGACCUCCAACAACCCUCAGUGGAACAGGCAUUGACCGAAUGGCAUUUUUGCAAGCUAAUAUAACACGUGAUAAUACUAAGUUUGUUAAUGGAGCAAUUGUCGGGGAUAGGAACGUGUUCCAGGUUGACCAAGGAGUUGGCAUUGGAAGUAAGUUUCCGUUCUUUAACCGUCAUCAGCUGACAAUGACACGAUUCAUCCAGUUGAAGGACGUUGAAGAAGGAAGUGGUAAACCGCCACCUCCUGUCCUGGUUCUCCAUGGCCAUUAUGGUGGGUGUAUCGGUGAUCUUCCAAGCUAUGAUGCUUUUACACUUGGGGGACCUUAUUCAGUAAGGGGUUACAACAUGGGAGAAAUCGGUGCAGCUCGAAAUAUUUUAGAGCUGGCUGCUGAGGUCCGGAUACCUAUCAGAAAUACCCAUGUUUAUGCAUUUGUAGAACAUGGGAAUGACCUUGGAUCUUCAAAGGACGUGAAAGGAAAUCCGACGGAAGUUUAUAGGCGGGUGGGCAGUGGUUCCUCGUAUGGUGCUGGGGUUAAGCUUGGUUUAGUUAGAGCAGAGUAUGCUGUUGAUGCCAAUGCUGGCACUGGCGCCUUGUUCUUCCGUUUUGGAGAGAGAUUUUGA